AUGGCUCCUCGGGUCAAGGUUAAAGGUGUCAAGAGUCAUAGAAGUUCUCGCACCACUGCCGCAGCCGCUAUUUCAACCACCUCCACCUCUUUUGGGACUUCGGUUGUGCCAGAUUUUCAGUCAGGAUCACUUAGCCAGCAACCGUAUUUGAUGGUACCUAAUCCAGGCUACACGGGUCUUCCUCCACCAAGUUGGCCUACUCCAGGAUGUAUGGGUCCCCCUCCUCCACCCCCUCCUCCAAUUUCGAUUCCUCAUCUGCUUCGCAAUUCCAGUCUAUUAGUUGAUUCAGAGACACCUGGAAGCUCUAGUACAUCUCCUCUAUCAGAGACUGCAUCGGUUCCUAAUAUUAUCACAAAAGAAAGAUUAGUUCUUGAUGGAAAAACAAGUUGGUUACCUUUCCCUCCUGAGAUCAUCAAGAAACGAUAUGAUAAACCGUACAAAAAGUUUGGAGAUGUCCCUCUUCCGACAAAGAAGCUUUGGUUUAAGGAAUGGAAGAGCCACUUUCUUAUUGAUGAUGAUGAUGAUGAGUUUUUCUGGAGGGCUUUCAAGUAUAGGACAAGUAAGCGAUUUAGCCAAAUGAUGUCAGAUAUCCGUGAGGGUUUGGAUACAACCCACGAAUGGCUAAUUCCUGCUUACAAAAAGGUGUUGGAAAGGUAUUGGGAAACAGAUGAGAAAUGGAAAAAUAUAAGAAAAAAAGCAAGAGAGAAUCGAGCAUCACUCUUAGGUGGUUCUGUCCAUUGCGGUGGUUCUUUUCCAUUGAGCUCAACUAUAGAGAGGAUGAAGAAGCAGUUGGGCCGUACACCAACCCACGAGGAGGUCUUCAAAGAAAUCCACACACUUAAAAGUGACAAGUCUAAAUGGGUGGACAAGCGCUCUCAAGACACUCGUGAAAAGUUUAUAAAAAAGUUGGCAGAAGUUCAGGCUCAACGUGCCGAGGCUCAAGCACAGGGAAUGGAGCUACAACCAAUUGAUGAAGAUUUGAUUUGGGAGGAAGUGUGUGGUGGGCAAAAGAAGAAUCGAGUUUACAGAAAAGGGUCAUUCUUUUCUAGCUCUAUCAAGUCUGGAACCACUUCUGCCAAUUCUGUAUCUGGAAGAGCACCAAGAAAUCAAAAUUCUGUUCCUGAUUUGCGAGAACAGAUUUAUAAUCUCAAUGAAGAGCUUUUUCAGCGUGUUACUCAACAAACAGAUGAGCGUAUUAGUAAGUUGUUAGAUAUACGCUUGGCUCCUUUGGAAAAGACUCAAAAGAAAUUAGAAAAGUUGGAACGGGCAAUUGGAAAGGCCAAGAAGGAAAAGCUGAAACAGAAGAGAUGGAAUGAGGCUUAUGUUAGCUAUUAUGAGAAGGUUAGAGCAUCAAGUAGUUCUAGUGUAGUUCCACUACCACCGCCACUGCCGCCACACUCAAUGUCUUCGGAUGAGGGCUAUGAUGAUGAUGAGGAUGAAGAUGACACUGAAGACUAUAGCUGAUAGUUUUAGUAUGGUUGAACAAUAUACUAGGAAUUAUAGUUGAUGAUCAAUACAUUUUGUUUAUGUUUUGAAUUAUAUUGACUUGCUUGUUUAUAAUACUUUUCUUUUAGUUUGAUAAU